AUGCCUGAGGAAGAGUUUGUGCCCACAGACAAUGAAGAUAUGGUGGAUAAAGAGAUAGCGAUGGAGAAACCACUCAAACAUAUCCCAGAACAGAAAAAGGAGGAUGUGCCCGAAGCCGAAGAGAAAUCCAAGGUGGUCAUCAAGCCCCAUUUCCCAGGCCGAUUGGCCAAGAACCGUGAGGCAGAGGAGAUGAGCAGCCUGGUCAAGACGUUUCAAAAGGUGGAGGUCAAUAUCCCCUUACUCACAACAUUGCACACUAUGCCCAAAUGUGCAAAAUUUCUCAAAGAGAUCUGUACCAAGAAGGUCAUGUACACGAACGAUGCCAAGUUCCAGGUGGGAGAACAAGUGUCAGCUGUACUCAAGAGGGAUAUGCCCACAAAAUGCGAAGAUCUGGGAAUGUUUUACACACCAUGCAUCAUUGGAGAUACAAAGAUCGAGCAAGCAAUGCUGGACCUGGGCGCAUCGAUUAACGUUAUGCCUUUGAUAAUAUACCAGGAGCUGAAGAUAGGACCUCUCAAACCCACACGAGUGGUGAUCCAAUUGGCGGACAUGUCAAGUGUGUACUCUGAGGGCAUAGUGGAUGACGUUCUUGUUAAGGUCCACGACCUUAUCUUCCCAGCCGACUUCUAUGUGCUCAACAUGGGAGGUUCCAUGGCAAAGCCAACAGUGAUGCUUCUGGGUAGACCAUUCCUUAAGACGGCUCGAGCCCAGAUUGACUGUGCAAUCAAGAAGCUAACGUGCCAAUUCGAUUGA